AGUCCAGCAGAACAGAAGUAGCGUACUAGCAUGGCGCUCCUCGCUGCGGUUGGAGCUCCGUUGUCUCGCCUGUGUCCUUUUCAUGUUAGCUUUUACUUGAGUGUCUAGCAGAGUUAUAUUUAUACUACACGCUGUACACUUCUAAAGGAAACCUCUCGUGGACCAAUAGUGCUUUUUGUCUGACCAACAGUCCAGAUAAGUGGCUAGUAUAUUCCCGGUAGCUUGCUAACUAGAAACGUUAGCAGGAAAGCAAGAAUUGUGAGAUACGGGGCAACAAGAGGAGGAGUCCUGUUUUGGAAGAGCUGAUGCAGAUGCCAUGGCUACAGGCGAGGUAUGGGAGUGACGUGACAGUUCUGGUCCUGCUUCCAAACACAAACCUUAUCAGCAGCAUGCUUUUUCUGCUGAAGUAGUGGCAGAGCACACAGAGAAUGGACGAGUCAGUGUUGUUGGAUUUGCUUGAGUGCCCUGUUUGUCUGGAGCGGCUAGAUGCUUCAGCAAAGGUUCUUCCCUGUCAGCACACCUUCUGCCGCCGAUGUCUCCAAGGAAUCCUAGGCUCACGUGGAGAGUUGCGCUGCCCUGAGUGCCGGACGUUAGUGGAGUGUGCCGUGGAUGAACUCCCCAGCAACAUCCUUCUUGUGCGCCUGUUGGAUGGCAUCAAACAGAGGCCUCGAAGGGCUGGUCCUGGGGCGGGAGUCUGCACAAAUGGAACGUCUGGAGCCGUGGCCAGAGCACACAGCAGUGGGACCAGGGACCAGGGCACCCCAGGAGCACAACCCCAGCGAGCUCAAGCAAAGAGCACCCUUGUACGGGGUGUACCCCAGCUCCCCUGUGCCAAGGCUCUCUACAACUACGAUGGCAAGGAACCAGGAGACCUCAAGUUCAGCAAGGGUGACAUUAUCAUCCUGCGCCGGCAAGUGGACGAGAACUGGUACCACGGGGAGAUGGGCGGAGUCCAUGGCUUCUUCCCCACCAACUUUGUCCAGGUCAUCAAGCCUUUGCCACAACCACCACCUCAGUGCAAAGCUCUGUACGACUUUGAGCUCAAAGACAAGGAGGCAGACAAGGACUGUCUGCCCUUCUCUAAGGAUGAUAUCCUCACCGUGAUCCGCAGAGUGGAUGAAAACUGGGCAGAGGGAAUGCUGGGAGAUAAAAUUGGAAUUUUCCCCAUCUCAUAUGUUGAGUUCAACUCGGCAGCUCGUCAGCUUAUAGAGUUGGACAAGCCGUCAGACUCCGGUGGAGAUUCUGGUGAGGGGGCCUCAUCGGGGCCCCAGAGCAACGGUGCCCAGCGUGCAGGGGAGAAGAAGAACAGCAAGAAGCGACAUUCCUUCACCUCUCUCACCAUGUCCCACAAACCAAUGCUAGCUCCUCCCCCCCAGCGCCACUCCAUGGAGAUCAGCGGGCCCGUCCUCAUCAGCUCCAGCAACCCCACAGCAGCUGCUCGCAUCGGAGAGAUCAGUGGGGGGCUUUCCUGCAGCGCACCUUCACAGGUACACAUUUGCACAACUGGACUAAUCGUGACCCCACCCCCAAGUAGUCCUGUUACUACAGCAACGGUCUUCACAUUUCCCUCGGAGACGAGCUACACAUCCAUCACUGUGGAUGCUCUCCCACCGCCGCCACCUCCCCCCCCACAGUCCUCUGUUGAUGGAGCAGCAUACUCAUUGGCUGCUGGACAGAGACCCUCCCCCAGCAUAAGCGACCAAAGUGGGAGACAAAGACCCACAGUCUAUGUGGCCAUGUUCCCCUAUACUCCCCGUAAGGAGGAUGAGCUGGAGCUUAGGAAGGGAGAGAUGUUCCUGGUGCUGGAACGCUGUCAGGACGGCUGGUUCAAGGGCACCUCAAUGCACACUGGCAAGAUCGGAGUCUUCCCUGGGAACUACAUGAGCCCAGUCAGCAGGACAGCUUCAGGGAGCACCCAGCCCAAAGUGGCCAUGAGUCUGUGCACUCAGGCAGGCAGAGGGGUCACCAUCGUCAGCCCCUCUUCUGCAGCCCUUGGGGCCAUUGUUCCGGGUCCUGAUUUCAACAAACCCCUCACCGUGUGCUCCAGUGCUGUACCUGCCAGCUCCCAACCUGCAGCUGUGGUAACAGCAGCUCAAACAGCUACUGGUCAACAGCCAAAAGUCCCUCUGCACAGCUCCCAGAUGACUGUGAAUCAGGCUCGCAAUGCCGUCAGGACAGCAGCGUGUCACAGUCAGGACCGGCCUACAGCAGCUGUGACCCCGAUCCAGUCUGCAACACCUGUGACCUAUCUCCCACACCUCACAGUGUGCCCGCAGCCUUCCUCCAAUCCUGCCCAAUGCUGUACCCGGGCGGGGGUGGCAAUGGGAUGUGCCGCCGCAUCUCUGACCCCUCCCAAUGUUAGCGCUGCAUCCCUGGAGGGGGACGCUUUAAGACCUGUAGCUGUCCUCACUGUCCCUAGCUCUGGGAACAGCUCUGCCCUCAAUCCCAUAUCUAACAGCACAGCUCUCGCUUGCCGACUGGACAAGGACGUCAAGAGAGAAAAGAAAAGUCUCCUGAAGCUCUUGUCCAAUAAGAAGAAGUCUCGUCCUUCGCCGCCCUCCUCUCCUACCCUUGAGGCGGAACAAGCUGCUGCUGGAGAGGUGCUGCACGGCGCUGUGGGCCCCGACACCUCCCCUCCCUCUGGCUCUGUCGGCUGCCUCGAGCCCGAACCUGCUGCUGCUGUCGCCUCCUCCUUUUCAUCCUCCUCGGUCCCAGAGUCCUCCCAUCGGAAGAGCAGUCCUCUUGAUGGAUGUGCACCUAUCGCUCCUCCUCCUCGCCAGCCGUGUUCCUCUCUCUUAUCUCAACAGCACGACGCACGGCCCAUCAUCUGUGAGAGGUACAGAGUGGUGGUAUCAUAUCCUCCCCAGAGCGAGGCUGAGCUGGAACUUAAGGAGGGCGACAUUGUGUUUGUUCACAGAAAGAGGGAAGACGGCUGGUUCAAAGGCACACUGCAGAGGAACGGCAGGACCGGACUGUUCCCCGGCAGCUUUGUAGACAGCAUCUAAAGCACACACACACACACAUACACACAUACACGACAGUGAACCACGAUCACCACCAUCGUGACCCAGCUGAGCACUGCUAGCCUGCGUCAACGCGGUGGAACAAACGGAUCAGCGCUCACAAGGUUGCUGGGACAGAACCAUCAUACUGACACUUUAACUCCUUAGAGCCCACUGCGGCUCUGGCCACUGACAAAGAGCAGCAGUGGCACAUGAGAGAGAGCUGCAGAGAAGAACAGAACACAUUGUCAUUGAAAGCACAGUGGACAAAGUUAGAGGAGAGCACACUACUCGUGAACUUUUCCUUUUUUUUUGUUGGUUAUUUAUAUCUUUGUAACAAUUCAGCUGUUAAAUGUGUGCCUUGUACUGUUCCUCACUUUAUUGUACAUAAGGACACAAAGAUGAUUAGUCCUAAAACAACCAAUAUAGGCUGUUGAUAUAGAUAUGUUACACAUUUUAACUUAUUUCAUAGAUUGGCCUUUUUGUAGUGCAACACGUCAAGGGGUUAAACUGGCACAUGCCUCAUGCCAUAUUUUACAACAUCAGUUUUAUGUUUCUCCCUCUGACUGCUGAUUUAGCAGACUGAGGUGGGUAAAGCAAAUGCACCAUUGGGCAGUGUCAUCAUCGCUUGAGCUGUAUAGAAGGAAAAAGGAUACUUUCCCAGCUCUAAAGGCAUUACCUGAACCUGAGAAAAUCUGCCGUAUUGCACAUUCGAGCUACAAUUCACAGCCAUGUGAACAUUGCACAACGCAAAAUACUUCUGUAGACUUUUCACAGGCCUCCAGUUUCUCCCCCCGGUGUAGCCGAGGCUGAAGCGCUGAGGACUGUUACCUGCAGCAUGUGAUUAGCAAAGACAAAGUGGUGUUAGAUAGUGUUGCAGGACUGUUUGGUGAUGCCUUUUUGAUAUGCGGAAAAACACACUCCAAGAUAGACUUUGAUUUUGCUCAUACUUUCUUUGUAUUUACUGACCAGAGUAGCUUCUCUCCUAACCUCUCGGACAUGAGCCAAACCCAGACGUAGCUCUACAUCACAAGAGCAACAUAACAUUUCAGUAACGGUGCACAACAGAUUCUUUUUUCAGUGUAUAUUUAUGUUUGUUACAAAUUCCACAGAGGCUGACACCUGCUGCUCUUAAAGAGUUAAAUAACCUGGACAUGCAGUAAGGCACACAGGACACACUUCAGCAGGUUUUUGUACACUAUUUCUCAUUCCUAAUGUGACUUGUGGCAAUAAAAACACAGCUAGCUAAAGCACAGAAUGUUUGCCUAAAGUAACAUAUCAUUGUAUCACUCCAUAGGAAGAGAAGUGUAGUAUAAUUCUGUUGAAAGAUCAAUCACUUUGACCCCCUUGAUUUAUUUCCUUUUUUUUGUGGUUGGGUUUUGUUGUACAUUACGUCUAUACAAAGUUUUUAAUGUUAAAUAUUGUAUUGACUUGAAUACUGUAAGAUUUCUAUGUGAUUGGAGGGGAUUUGGUCGUUGUUUAGUGCUGGUUAAACACAAAACAAAGAGAACGGGCAGUUUUAGAAUUAAUACUUUCUAGUUUCUUUAAUCAGAUCAAAUAUCUCAACAUGUAACAUCCUGACGUAAUACAUUUGGUAAAUUAAUAAAAAUCUUCAAAGUAAAGCUAUUAUUAGGUAACAUAAUAGACUGACGCCUCCUGCCUCGGUGGACCCUCCAACAUUUCAUGUAAUGCGACUUAUUCGUCUGAUCUUCAAGUCUUAUGAGGUAUUUAAACACUUUAAAGUUGAGGCAAUCACUGAAUCGUGCCAAAUGUGGCUAUGAGAAAAGAUUUACUGACUGAAUUGGACCCGUAGUUCUAAGUGUGUUUAUUUUUUUUGUCUUUUGUUAAUUGAGGGGACCACUGUGUAACUGACUGCUGGAAUAUGUUGUUUGAAAUUAGGAGAGUGUGUGGAAAAGGAUGGUACAAAUCACUGUUAGGGCCUUUAUUUUUUAUUUUUUUUGUCUUUCAGAAUUGGUACUUAUGUAGAAUUAAUCUGAUGUUGCAUUGUUGUCUUGGCUAUCACCACACCAACCUCAGGCUCUGUGCUAAAAACGUUCCUCUGAGUGUCUUUUCAUUUCACUGGUAAGCCUUUAAUAAACACAACAGACUUACUCCAACACGGAUGUACACAUUUAUGCACUACCAUAAUAACAUAUCUAAUCGUACUGACUCAUUGAUGCAUAGGCUGCACAGUUCUCAAAACAUGAAGCAUUUCUUACAACAGUUAAUAAACUAUAUAUUCAUUUAUUGGAACACAUUCAACUUAACAGAUUUUCCUCAUGCCAAGGUGACUUACUUGAUUUUUUUUUUUGUCUCUAGCUAGUCUGUUGUAUGUCUGAAAAUGGUGAAACUGAAAUCAACCUAUUUGGCACAAAUCUAUUAUGUGAAAAACAUUCUGAAGUAUUUGAGGGAAUAGCACAUUUUGUAAAAAUCUCUAUAACAAUAAAAGCUAAUGGUUUCCAUAA